UCCGCGCACGGCUCAGCCCAGCAGCGUUCAUCGGCCAUUUCCUCUUCUCCUGUUCACUCGGCAAGUCUGCAGGAUGGACACGGCGACGCUCGUUGCGGGCGGCGGCGGCGGACGUGAGCUGCAGCCGCGGGCGUCUGGAGGGAGCAUCGAGGGUGAGGUGGAGCAGCUUAGCACUGCCCUGGGAGACGCGAACUCGGUGCCCACUGAGGCCGAGGGGAAUGGAAUCAAGAUCGUGCAACUCCGGCGGCUUCUCGAGGAGGAAGGCCGCGAUGUGGCUUCACGCGCCGACGCCCUCGUGAGCGAGCUGCAGCCGUGGUCGUCCGGCGGGGGGAUCGAGGGUAAGGUCCGGCAGCUUCACACCGCCCAGGAAGUCUUCAAGUUCGUGCUCGCUGAGGCCGAGGGCAAGCAGAUCGAAAACGUGGAGUUGGCCCGGUCUCUCAAGAAAUUCCGUCAGAUGGCCUCCCGCGCGGGCGACCUCGUGGGCGAGCUGGAGCACUACCGCAUCCAGGAAGAGCUUGAGCAAGAGGGGCACGAGGAUGAUGACCAUGAGAAGGAUAGUCGGGUGGAUGGAUCCCAGAGCCGCCUGAUUCUGGAGAACACGGAGUCGGCCGAGGUGUUUCAGGUUGGUCAAGAUACUGGAGAAGAUUGUGCUUUUUGCACAGAAGAUUCAUCUUCAGCCGCUCUUCAGAUUCUGCCCUAUGUUGCCAACUCUACGGUCCCUGCUAGCAACACUAGCCUGGAACCUCGUCUUGGCAUUUCACGUGAGAUAAAUGAACACAUUCAGGCAUGCUGCAAAAUGGCCAAGAUUCUGCUCGAGGCUCUUGUGCCAGCAAAACUGGAUGACCUUUCCCGUAUUGUGCAGAAAAAUCAGAGCAUAGGAACCAAUCUUCGAGAGACGUCGUCUUUCCUCACUGAACCCAAAGUUUAUGGUAGGGACGAGGACCGGGAUCGGAUAAUAAGAAAGUUAACAAGUGAUGAAUCUGCUGGGCAAGACCUCUCCAUCCUUUGUAUCAUCGGUUAUGGAGGUGUUGGGAAGACUACUCUGGCCAAUGUGGUAUUCAAUGAUUCGGCUGUCUCAAAGCAUUUUCCUGUACGACUGUGGGUUUAUGUGUCUGCUCACUUUGACCAAGCUAAGAUUAUACGCAAAAUGUUGGAGUCCUUGACUGGGAACAAGCAUGAAGACAUCAAGAGUUUGAAGGACCUCCAGAGGACUCUGGAAUCUGAAGUGAAGUCAAAAAGGGUGCUUCUUAUUCUGGAUGACAUCUGGGAAGACAGCCAAAAGGAAAAAUGGGAUGAUCUGUUAACUCCACUACAGUCCAAUGGAGUCAAGGGAAACAAGAUACUUGUCACAACUCGGAAGCCUUCUGUUGAGAAAUUCAUGAGAGCGAAUGCUAAAAUUAAUCUGGAGGGUUUAGAUCCAGAUGACUUUUGGCAUUUGUUUACGGAAUGCGUUUUUGGAAAUGAGAACUACAAAGUACCUCCAAAACUGCAGAAAAUUGGGAAGGAGAUACUUGUCAAAUUAAAAGGCAAUCCUUUAGCAGCAAAAAGUCUGGGCAAAGUAUUGAGAAGGGAUCAUAAUCCUGAUUUCUGGGAAACUAUUCUGGAUAAUAAUGAAUGGAAGCACAGAACUGAUGACUAUGAUAUCAUGCCGGCCUUGAUGAUCAGCUACAAAUAUUUGCCAGAGCACCUCCAGCAGUGCUUCUCGUACUGUUCUUUGUUCCCCAAGUAUCAUAGGUAUGAGAAAAAACGUCUGGUCAAUAUUUGGAUAGCCCAGGAUUUGGUAUCUUCCACUGAUGUACGGCUGGAGGAAGUUGGAGGUCAGUUCUUCCAUGAUCUAGUCGAGUGGGGAUUUUUCCAAAAGGAAUUUGAAUUUGGAGACUUACACAUCAUGCAUGAUCUCAUUCAUGAUUUGGCACAGAAAGUUUCGUCGGACGACACGUACACUAUAGAGAACAGUGAGCAUAAAGAAGCACCCUGGCUUGUUCGUCAUGUCAGUGUAAUCACAGCAAGGGAGUACACGUCUCAAGUAGAUGGAACGGUGCUUCUUAAUGAGCCUUUUGUGCAAGAGUUUGCCAAUUCAUUCGGCAAAUUGAAACAAAGUAAAUUAAGCACAUUUAUGCUAUUUGGACCGCUUGACUUGGCUAUUGGAAACACAAUUCGUCAAGAAUUCAGUGAGGUGAACUCGGUUCGUGUGUUGACAUUGGAGAUGGCAGUCUUUGAUUUAGAUUUAGUGAUAGUAAACAUCUCAGCAUUUGUCAAUCUUCACUAUCUGGAGUUGAGCUGCUUUUAUAAGGGACCCAGGUUAGAACUGCCAGAGGCAAUAUGUAGCCUAUCUCAUCUGCAAGUCCUGGAUAUAAUGAAGAACUGGGGAGAUAGCACAGUUUUACCGAGAGGCAUGAACAAGCUUGGUAAGUUGCGCCAUUUUAUUGCCAGAGAUGAGUUGCAUGCAAAAAUAGCCGGUGUUGGGAAGAUGGUUUCCCUUCAAGAGCUCAAGACAUUUUGUGUUCGAAAGGCAAGUGAGUUCAGCAUAAUACAACUCAAAAGAUUGAAUCAACUCAGAGAAUCAAUUAGAAUUUGCAAUCUUAAAGAUGUAGGAAGCCAAGAGGAGGCUGCGGAAGCAAGGAUAUGUGACAAGGUCCACCUCACUACUCUGCACCUAUCAUGGAGUGGUGUGAAUGGGCAAAACGUUGGUUUUUCAAGUAACUGUUCUAUCCUCGAGGAUCUCCAGCCACAUGCUGGCCUUGUAAAUCUUAAAAUCGAAGCAUACAGAUAUCCUUCACCGUCAUGGCUCAGCAACAAUAUUCAUCUCACCUCAUUGCGGUCACUCCAUCUGGAUAACUGCAAAAAAUGGUGCACAAUUCCAGAACCCAAGCACUUGCCUCUGCUCCGAGAGCUAGAUUUGCGUCAUAUGCCUCGUGUUCGUGAAAUCGUGAUUGGUCGUUUGGAGAUUCUGGUA